AUGACGCAAAUUGGGAGCCCCCAGAAAGACCCCCACCUCAACACAGUGAUUAGACCCCCCUUGAAAAUUGCGCAGGGGGGGAAAGACAAAAGGGGGGGGGUGCCAUUCUUGGUAAGCAGCAAAAAUGGGGAUAUUCAAAAAAACAGUGAAGAUGGGAAAAAAAAAACGGGCCAUUUGGAACAAUGCCAAGAACAAGAGGUAAUCCAAGAACAAGAGGUAUUUCAAGAACGAGUGGGGGUACCCCCCCGGGAUGAGCGCGAAAAGUACAACGAAUUCUUCGAGGCCAAAAUGUACCUGCCUCCACUCCGCGCCAGCAAAAGAGAACUAAAUUUCUUUUUCAAAAUUUUGUCCAACGCAAUGGAAAAAAAUAACAAAAGCAACAUCUACAUAAGUCUGAUGGACAUCCUGUGCAAAAACUUCCCGUCGUACAUCGGGCUAUUUGCACACUUGUGGUUUCAGUGCAAAGUGCUACUGGCGGAGAAAUUAAUUUUAAUUGAAUUUUUCAGGCAGCUAAAAAUAAAUUCAGAAAUAAUUAACCAUUUUUUUAAUUACGGCUAUGACUCCUUCGAAACGAUAUUGUCAAUCACGCCACAGGACUUGGCAAACGUUCAGGAGUUUAACAAAGUCACCUGGCUUCCGGGACAUACGUUUCGCUUAAAAAUGAUUUUCUCUCAAAUUGAGAAAUAUUUUAAUUUGUUCAUUCAACAGAACGAUGAUUAUGUGCAGAAAAUUAAAAAGUUUAUUUUAAGCAAAAGGAGAAGAACGGAACUGACUCUGCAGUUGUCCCUGGAGCGGCAACAGAACGACCGCGGCCAGUGCCCCAUGUACGGCCCGCACGUGGGGAACAAUACCAACCUGCCGCUCCCCCCCGAAGGGACCCAAGAUGUCAACAUAAUUACCUACCAACAAUAUGUCAGUGACUCCCCGGGAAAACCCCUUUGCCUGAACAAAUUCGAAAAUUAUGAACAGGUCAGAAAAAAAAACUCCCCCUUUUCUCUUAAUUUAAAAUGUGUGCAAGGAGUAGGCAGAAAUAAAACAGGGGAGCCUCCCCGGGGGGUUAAAUCAAAAGUGUCCAUUCUGAUUACCUCUCCGGAGGGCGCCAAGAUUUACAGAUUUGUCGCCAUCCUGCUCAUCUACAAUUUGGUAAAAAGGGAAGCGGAAGGAGAAUCCUCCUUGGAGGGCAUCCACCACGUGGAUCACGACGCAAUAAAGGAAGUCCUGAACUUCCCCAUCGUGUCCAUCGGCAAAUCCUGCAACGCUGUGCUCAACAAUGAUGGCACGAGAAGGGACCUCUCCGAAAUGUUCCAGAGUGUAGUGAAAGAAUUCCCCAAGUGCAAAAUAAAUCAGCAGGAGUUUCACCAACUUAACAAAAGUGUUAAAAAUUUGAACAUCGUCUUCACCCCCAGCAAGGCCAAUUCGGUAACCCUGCACAGGGAAUUAACUGCCCAUUUGGCGAAGCACAAAGGGGAGGGGCCCCUCAACGCGGAGAACAUCAUAUGGGUUGCCUCAUCCAUUAGCGAGUCCAAUUUUGACCACAAAAAAAGUGAGUUCACCCCGUUGGGCAAGAAACGCGAAGAGGAAAAGAACCGCUUAACCAUCACACGAAUCAACUGCUACGACACGAAAAAAGUUACAUACAAUAAAAACCAAAUUGAGAUUCGCAGAAACUCCAUUAUAUGCCUCAUGAGCAACAGCACAGUGGCUUCCUUUUUCCAAAAUUUUGGAAACGAUUUCGCCGCCACCCUCUGCAUGGGAAGAAAUUCAUCCAUGCUCGCAAAAAAACUAAAUUUCAAACAGGUCCUUUAUCCGGAAGACUCAAAAAUGGAGUCCUUUCUGAUCAUGUUAAUAAAGUUGCACAACGAAUUAGGGGAAAGAUUCGGCACCCAGCACGAUGUUGUGCUGACGCGAGAGAGAGGCAAAAAUGGCCAAUUGGGGAGAGCCCUCACUGAGCAGCGCAUUCCCUACCGAGUUGUGCCAUGCAUAAGGACACACUACCACGGCCAGGGGAUUCGCUCGCUUUACUCCAUCCUCUCAUCGCAGGUGUACGGGAAAAAAAAAAGGGGGGGCGUUAAUAAUUCACCACGCCACCCCUCUUUACAAAAUAUUGCGCGCACAAAUAGGCACACAUAG